AUGGUUGGAAACACUGAUUCAUUGAGCCCGGACAAUGUGGUGGGGCUUGCCGCCCAAGCUCUCCGGCUAGACGCCAGCUCCGACUUCAGCCUCAACACCCCCUACGAAGCCGUUGCUCUCAUCGGCCACGCUUCACUGGUCGCUGUCGGUUUCAGAUUAGUCGGUCUCGGUGAAGACCAUACGAUACAAGGCACGUCUGAAAACCCCUCCCUCCCCGCAGAAUGGAACGCCAGUUCGACCAUCUCUUUCCGAUAUGCACACUCCCAGUCAUCUAUGCAAUACCUGCUUAAAAUCAGCCGUCUUGGAAACAAUGCUGUUGUGUUUGCAUUAGCUCUGGGUGAUGAUCGGACAACUUCUUUCGAUGUACCGGUUAGAGACUAUGUCUCCGAAUCUGCUCUACCACUCUCUUCGUCUGCAGACCUAGCAACCUCUCUAAGGGAGGUAUUCAUCUCAGGCUCUCGUCUAACAGAUCUAAUUGCGCUGUUCAAGAUCAACGUGAUCCAGAGACUCGCACCCGGUCUGUACAAAGAGGGACAGGAAACCACUGCACGGGCCUCCGACAGGCGACCGGAAAGGGACCCCCAGCCUGAAGCAGCCCCGAGACGCGAUCCGCUGAGAGAUGAUUUAUACCCGCCUGCACGGCCAUACCCGUUUAAUGAUCCCCUUGCAAUACCCCCUCGUAGACCGGGUCCCCCUGGAGAUAUUACCCCUCCUGGUUUCGAAGAUGAAUUCGAGCUCCAGCGACCCGCUCGCGGAUUAAUGGGCCCGGGCGGAAGACAUCCGCUAAAUAUCGGAGAGCGAGACCUGUAUCCUCCCGGUCUAGGACCAAAUGAUCCUAUCCGUGGAGGCAUUGGCCCAGGAUUGAAUCCCGGGGGUGGUGGCAUGCAUCCUACAUUCGAUGAUCCCCUUUUCGGUGGUCCUCAAGGCCCCGGUGGUUACGACCCUCAGGCCCCUCCGGGAGCACGAUAUGAUCCAGUAGGACCCGGGGAUGGGCCGCCAUUUGGGCAAGGACUCGGUCGGGGCCGGGGUGGCCGCGGCGGACCAGGAUCUGGGGGAUUUGGAGGAUUUGGAGGAUUUGGGGGUGGCUUUGGCGGUGACAUCAUUUAA